GUGUUGUCGUCAGUGGCUCUCGGUUCAGUCCCAUUGAGACCACCCGGAGGAGGAGGAGGGAUACUUUGUGUUGGCAGCUAUUCUGAAGUAAACCCCUUAAAGAUUGUUCUUGCAGGAGAGUGAGUCUUCACCCACACCAUGUCCCAAGACAAGAGUGUAUACCCUGGUAUGGGUGAGACCAACCCACUUCAUAACAAUAUCUAUGGACCCCCUCAGCCAGGUUUCGCCGCGCCCCCUCCCAACUACAGCCAGGCCCCAGGGGGAGCGUACCCACCAGCAGCUGGCUAUGGGCAGCCUGGCUUCACCCAGGCAGGCCCGGGUUUUGCCCCUGGUCCCUUCCCUCAGAUGCCUUACCCCCAGAUGCCCUACCCACAGGGACCCUUUCCUCAGGGGCCUUACCAGCAAGGACCCACACAGCCCAGCUUUCCUGGAGACUCCAUUCCACCUGCCAGCAGCCCUGGUUAUCAUGCUGAUGGGCCUCCAUCUUACUAUGACAAUGAGGAGUUCACCACCUCUAGCUUUGAAGACAAGAACAUCCGACAAGCUUUCAUCCGAAAAGUCUUCAUGGUUCUCACCGUGCAGCUGGUGGUCACUUUCUCCUUUGUUGCCAUCUUCACCUUUGUCGAUGAUGCUAAGAAAUUUGUGCGACUUUAUCCAUGGACAUACUAUGUGUCCUAUGCAGUCUUCUUCGUAGUCCUAAUUGUCCUCAGCUGCUGUGGAGAGUUUCGCCGCAAGCACCCCUGGAAUUUGGUUGCACUGUCCAUCCUGACCCUGUGCCUCUCCUACAUGGUGGGCAUGAUUGCCAGUUUCUAUAACACAGAGACUGUCAUAGCUGUGGGUAUCACUGCAGUGGUCUGCUUCACUGUCGUCCUGUUCUCACUGCAGAGCAAGUAUGACUUCACUUCCUGUCGGGGCGUGCUCUUUGUGUGCUUGAUUGUGCUGUUGCUCUUCUCCAUCCUCUGUAUCUUCAUCCGCCACAAGAUCCUACACAUCGUCUAUGCCUCACUGGGGGCCCUGCUCUUCACCUGCUUUUUGGCGGUUGACACUCAGCUCCUCCUGGGCAACAAGAAGCUGUCCCUGAGUCCAGAGGAGUACAUUUUUGCUGCCCUGAACCUCUACACCGACAUCAUCAACAUCUUCCUCUACAUCCUGGCUAUUGUGGGACGUUCCCGUGAAUGAGGCUGCACCUUGGAGAGAACAGGGAGAUAGAGAAUGCCUCCCUUUAUCAUGAAAUGUUGCUAACAUGCCCUUUUCUCUGACUUCCUCGACACUUUCUUCACCUUUUCCCCCAUGAUACUCCUCCUUCCAUCUCCAAACACACACACAGUUUUUUAAAUAGGUAGUAGGGCUUUGGAAGAGAGGCAGCCUGUCAUAAAAUGCAGCUGAGUAGGAAUUUUGACAUUAAUAUUAAUUUUGUCUUGCCCUGAAUUUUUACAGCUCUGCUUGCUCUAACUGUCCUCUGCUUCUACUAACACAGAUGUCUACAUUAUAUACACUCUCAACUUCCAGUUUGGCUCAGCACAUACAGAAUAAAUCAUGUUAUCCUGUGGGUGCCUGGUAUACUCACCCUGGCCUUGCUGCAGAGAUUGAACAGAAAAAAGUGAAGGAGGUAUCUGUACUGUUUAGUAUUGAUGCAAACCAGCUUUGUCUGAUAAAAAAAGACAUUUGUGCUAGAAAUACCCUCCUUUAAUCUGUCCUUUUUCAAACUGCUGGUGUAAAAUAACUCUGCAUGGCAACAUUGGAAACCUAACUAACAAUGUAUUAUGAUUGUUUAGAACACAAGGGGAAUACUCUGUCUUGCUUGUCACAGUUGUAAUUAGUGAAGUGUAUUACUGUAUAUGAUGCUGAUAUCCCUCCCGCCUUUUAAAGCCAUGCUAGAGUGAUUCAUAUGGAUGUGUUACUUGUGGAGCAAUGUACUCUGAUAGCAGAACUUUGCUUAUCCAGUGCAGUAAUUAAAAUCUUUUAAUGGUCUAUAAAUGAAGAUCAGCACUGGAUGUAUACAACAAACAUGACCAUAAAUUAGUAUUUAUAAACUAUACAUAUUCUUACAGAAUAUCAUCAAUUAUUUGUAUGAGUCUGACACUGAAUCUUUUCUUACCUUCUUCCAUUUAUUUUUCUAUUCUCACCACCUCCUGUUAUUCUGGUCAUUAUCGUGAAGUGACAAUUUAGUGUUGUAUUUAUUUUCUUUCUCGUUAAUGUGAAAUAUUGUAGUUCUCAGAUUUCUGAACACUUCAAUACAGAGCUGAUCCAAGUUUCAUAACUAUUAUGAAGUAGAUGGAUGCUGGACAUGAAUGAAUUGGUUUGAGGAACUGAUCCAUUUAUUGAUUUUUGGCAUAGAUAGCAAGAGUUGCUAUGGGACAGUGUUGAUGAAAACAAACAGACUGAAAGUUACAAAGACUUUAGGUUCACUGAAAUCAUAACUUGCUCAACAAAGGAAUCAAUCAUUAUGCACUGAAAGCCAAAAUAUACAUACAUCUAAACAAACACAACUUGAAUGAUAACAUUUUUAUUCUGCAACUUCUGUUUUGAUUUAUUUAUUUAUUUUUAGCAUGAACAUUUGCAUGUGCUAAUAAUGUACACUGCACAGGUACAGGUAUUCCUCUUUUGGAAAGAGAUGGUGUUGUUUGACAGCCCUGUGUGUUUUCCUUGUUUUGAAUUUUUUUUUUUUUUUUUUUUUACACAGUAACUUGUGUCUGUAUCUAACCAAGGUGUAAGUAUAUAUAGAACUCUAGUGGUUGGAUGUGUAUAAAUAAAGUAGGUUUGAGGCAUUG